AUGUCCACCCCGCCCGCGACUCUUCACCCGCCGCGGCUCGGCCCCCUCUUCGCGGGGACGCCCAGCGCCCCCGGCACGCCCGUGCACUCCAUCCAGACGAUGCGGAGGAAGGCGGCAGGCCACAGCGGCCCAUUGACGAAGAUCCUCGUCGCGAAUCGCGGGGAAAUUGCUAUCCGUGUCUUCCGUACGGCUCACGAGCUCGCGAUGCACACUGUCGCGAUUUACUCGUACGAAGAUCGGCUGUCUGCCCACAGGCAAAAGUCCGAUGAGGCGUACCAGGUCGGAAAGGGCCUUACCCCGGUCGGCGCGUACCUCGCGCAGGACGAUAUCAUCCGCAUCGCCCUUGAGCAUGGUGUUGAUAUGAUUCAUCCCGGCUAUGGCUUCCUCUCCGAGAAUGCCGAAUUCGCGCGUAAAGUUGAGCAAGCUGGUAUUGCUUUCGUCGGUCCCUCCCCGGAGGUCAUCGAUGGUCUCGGUGACAAGACGAAGGCGCGCACUCUCGCUAUGAGGUGCGGCGUCCCCGUCGUCCCGGGUACCCCUGGUCCCGUUGACAGCUACACGGACGGCGACGCGUUCAUCAAGGAGUACGGCUUCCCAGUCAUCAUCAAGGCGGCUAUGGGCGGAGGCGGCCGCGGUAUGCGUGUCGUCCGCGAGCAGUCUGACUUCAAGGAUGCCUUCAUGCGUGCUGUUUCUGAGGCAAAGUCUGCCUUCGGUGAUGGCACCGUCUUCAUCGAGCGUUUCCUUGAGCGCCCUCGCCACAUUGAGGUGCAGCUCCUCGCCGAUGCCCAGGGCAACACGAUCCACCUGUUCGAGCGUGACUGCUCUGUCCAGCGUCGUCACCAGAAGGUCGUCGAGGUUGCGCCUGCGACUCACCUUCCAGAUGAGGUCCGCCAGGCCAUCCUCUCGGAUGCUAUCAAGCUCGCGAAGAGUGUCGGCUACAGGAACGCGGGUACUGCUGAGUUCCUCGUCGACCAGAUGGGCCGCCACUACUUCAUCGAGAUCAACCCGCGUAUUCAGGUCGAGCACACCAUCACUGAGGAGAUCACUGGCAUCGACAUCGUCGCUGCACAAAUCCAGAUCGCCGCUGGCGCGACCCUUCCUCAGCUCGGUCUGACCCAGGACGCUAUUACCAAGCGCGGCUUCGCCAUCCAGUGCCGUAUCACCACCGAGGAUGCGUCGCAGAACUUCCAGCCGGACACGGGCAAGAUUGAGGUUUACCGCAGCGCGGGUGGUAACGGUGUCCGCCUCGACGCGAGCUCUGGCUUUGCUGGCGCGCAGAUCACGCCGCAUUACGACAGUCUGCUCGUCAAGUGCACGGUCAGCGGCACGACGUACGAGGUUGCACGCAGGAAGAUGUUGCGUGCGCUCGUCGAGUUCCGUAUCCGUGGUGUCAAAACCAAUAUCCCCUUCUUGUUCCGUCUGUUGACGCACGAUGUCUUCAUUGGUGGCAAGACCUGGACUACCUUCAUCGACGACACGCCCGACCUCUUCAAGCUCGUUCAGAGCCAGAACCGUGCGCAGAAGCUACUUGCCUACCUCGGCGACCUCGCCGUCAACGGCAGCUCUAUCAAGGGCCAAGUCGGUGAGCCCGGCCUCAAGGAUGACAUUGUCAUCCCGACCCUCAACAACCGCGACGACCCGUCCGCUGCGCCCCUCGACACCUCCCAGCCCUGCACAACUGGCUGGCGCAACAUCAUCAUUGAGAAGGGCCCCGAGGCGUUCGCCAAGGCCGUCCGUGAGUACCCGGGCUGCCUGAUCAUGGACACGACCUGGCGCGAUGCGCACCAGAGCCUGCUCGCCACGCGCUUGCGGACAAUCGAUAUGGUUAACAUCGCGAAGGAGACGAGCUGGGCGCUGCAGAAUGCGUACAGUCUCGAGUGCUGGGGUGGCGCGACCUUCGACGUGGCGAUGCGGUUCUUGUACGAAGACCCUUGGGAGCGGUUGCGCACGCUGAGGAAGCUCGUCCCCAACAUUCCCUUCCAGGCGCUCGUCCGUGGCGCCAACGGUGUCGGAUACACGAGCUACCCGGACAACGCCAUCUACGACUUCUCGAAGAAGGCCGUGCAGAAUGGACUCGAUAUCUUCCGUGUCUUCGACUCCUUGAACUACUUUGAGAACAUGCAACUGGGUAUCGAUGCGGCCAAGAAGGCUGGUGGUGUCUGCGAGGCCGUCGUGUGCUACUCCGGCGACGUCGCGUCGCCGAAGGAGACGAAGUACACGCUGCAGUACUAUCUCGACUUCGUGGAGAAGCUCGUGCAGGAGGGCAUUCAUGUCCUCGGUAUCAAGGACAUGGCGGGCCUGCUGAAGCCUGAGGCGGCGAAGUUGCUCAUUGGUACCCUCCGCGAGAAGUACCCCGACCUCCCCAUCCAUGUCCACUCUCACGACACUGCCGGCAUCGCUGCUGCCAGCAUGCUUGCCUGCGCCGCCGCCGGCGCGGAUGUUGUUGACGUCGCUAUCGAUAGCAUGUCUGGGCUGACCUCGCAGCCGGCGAUGGGUGCGGUUUGCAUGGCGCUCGAGCAGACCAAACUUGGGACGGGCAUUCGCUAUGACGACAUCCAGGCGCUGAACCUCUACUGGUCGCAAGUUCGCAUGCUUUACAGCUGCUUCGAGGCAAACGUGCGCGCGUCGGACUCUAGUGUGUUUGACCAUGAGAUGCCUGGUGGCCAGUACACGAACUUGAUGUUCCAAGCUGCGCAGCUUGGCCUGGGGACGCAAUGGUCGAUCAUCAAGCAGAAGUACAUUGAGGCCAAUGAGCUGUGCGGCAACAUCAUCAAGGUCACGCCGUCGUCGAAGGUCGUCGGCGACUUCGCGCAGUGGAUGACGUCGAACAACUUUUCCAAGCAGGACGUCCUGAACCGCGCUGAGGAGCUGGACUUCCCGUCCUCUGUCGUCGAGUUCUUCCAGGGCUACCUUGGCCAGCCGGUCGGCGGGUUCCCGGAGCCGCUGAGGACCAAGAUCAUUCGCAACAAGCCGCGGAUUGACGGGCGUCCGGGAGCGACCAUGAACCCGCUCGACUUCAAGAAGAUCAAGGCAGAUUUGAGGGCCAAGUUCGGCAAGCACAUCACCGAUGUGGAUGUCACGUCGUACGUGAUGUACCCGAAGGUCUUCGAAGAGUACCAGCAAUUCUUGGAGAAGUAUGGCGACCUGAGCGUCAUCCCCACGCGCUACUUCCUCAGCCGUCCGGACGUUGGGGAGGAGAUGCACAUCUCUAUUGAGAAGGGCAAGACGCUGAUUGUCCGCCUCAUGGCUGUCGGUCCCGUCGUGGAAGGCCAGGCGCAGCGUGACGUAUGGUUCGAGGUGAACGGCGAGGUUCGCGCGGUCGCUGUCGAGGACAAGAACUCCGCCGUGGAGACUGUCUCGCGCGAAAAGGCGACGAACGAGCCGGGCUCGGUUGGCGCGCCUAUGUCGGGUGUCGUGAUAGAGGUGCGGGUCAAGGAGGGCCAGGAGAUUAAGAAGGGUGACCCCGUCUGCGUCCUCAGCGCCAUGAAGAUGGAGUCCGCCGUUACGGCACCUGUAUCUGGGCAUAUCAAGCGUGUUGUGGUGCACGAAGGCGACUCCAUCAACCAGGGCGACUUGACCGUGGAGAUUGUGCACUGA